AUGGAGCUCACCUCAGCCCUUCUCCACAAAGGACAGGUCUUCUGGAGGGGACUCCUGCUUACAGUCUCUCUUUUAAACUACUGGAACUCUGCCACUACUGCCCAAGAGUAUAACAUCACUGUUGAAGCAGUUCCACCCAUUGUUGCUGUAGGGAAUAACUGUCUUCUAGUUGUCCACGGUCUGCCGAAUAAAUACCAGCUCAUGAACUGCACAGCACUGCUACCGAAGCCCACCAUCACAACCAACAAUUCCAAUCCCAUGGAGGGUGAGGACUCAGUAGCAUUAAUGUGUGAGCCUGAGACUCAGAAUACAGCCUACCUGUGGAGGAUAAAUGGCCAAAGCCUCUCAGAAGAGGACAGGCUGAAGCUGUCUGAGGACAACAGGACUCUCACUUUACUCAGUGUUGUGAGGACUGACACAGGACCCUAUGAAUGUACCUGGAACCCAGAGAAACCUCACAUCUCCUGCCACACAGAUGCUAACCCACCUGCACAGUACUCUUGGUUUGUCAAUGGAGAGCUCCAGUCAUUCUCCCAAGAGCUCUAUGUUCCCAACAUCAAUACUAAUAAGAGUGGAUGUUAUACCUGCCUCAUCUAUAACUGUCACUGUCCUCUCAUAGCACUGCUACCCAAGCUCAACCUCACAACCAACAAUUCCAAUCCCAUGAAGGGUGAGGACUCAGUAGCAUUAAUGUGUGAGCCUGAGACUCAGAAUACAGCCUACCUGUGGAGGAUAAAUGACCACAGACUCUCAAAAGAGGACAGGCUGAAGCUGUCUGAGGACAACAGGACUCUCACAUUACUCAGUGUUGUGAGGACUGACACAGGACCCUAUGAAUAUCAUAUCCCCCUCAAAUAUUCAUUCCCAUUCAAGGAGAAACCUCACAUCUCCUGCCACACAGAUGCUAACCCACCUGCACAGUACUCUUGGUUUGUAAAUGAAGAGCUCCAGUCAUCCUCCCAAGAGCACUAUAUUCCCAACAUCAAUACUAAACCAGUGAUUAAACCCUCCAUCCAAUUCACCAACACCACAGUCAAAGGCCUGACCUCUGUGAUCCUGAAGUGCUUGUCAAACGACACUGGGAUCUCAAUCCAUUGGCUCUUCAAAGGCCAGAGUCUGAGGAUCACGAAUGAGAUGAGGCUGUCCCCGAACAACAGCACCCUCGAAAUAGUCCCUGCCAGGAGUUCGCAUUCCGGGGACUAUCAGUGUGAAGUAUCCAAUCAAGUCAGUUCCAAGAGGAGUGACACCAUCCAGGUGGACAUAACAGCACUGCUACCCAAGCCCAACAUCACAACCAACAAUUCCAAUCCCAUGGAGGGUGAGGACUCAGCAGCAUUAAUGUGUGAGCAUGAGACUCAGAAUACAGCCUACCUGUGGAGGAUAAAUGACCAAAGCCUCUCAGAAGAGGACAGGCUGAAGCUGUCUGAGGACAACAGGACUCUCACUUUACUCAGUGUUGUGACUGACACAGGACCCUAUGAAUGUGAAAGGAACUCAGUAAGUGCCUCCCCAAGUGACCCAUUCUCUCUGAACACUACCUAUGAUCCAAAUGUCCUGAUCAUAUCCCCCUCAAAUAUUCAUUUCCAUUCAAGGACAAACCACAUCUCCUGCCACACAGAUGCUAACCCACCUCAACAGUACUCUUGGUUUGUCAAGGGAGAGCUCCAGUCCUCCUCCCAAGAGCUCUUUAUCCCCAAUAUUAAUACUAAUAAUAGCAGAUCCUAUUCCUGUCUCAUCUAUAAUAUUUUUCCUGGAGUCUAUAGGACCACAGUCAAGAACAUUACAGUCCUUAAUCUAGUGACUACACCCUCCAUCCAAGUCACCAAAAACACAGUGAAAGUCCUGACCUCUGUGUUCCUGAAGUGCUUGUCAAAUGACACUGGGAUCUCAAUCCAUUGGCUCUUCAAAGGCCAGAGUGUGGUGCUCACAGAGAGGAUGAAGCUGUCUCAGAACAACAGCACCCUCCAAAUAGACUCUGUGAGGAUUGAGGAUUCCGGGGAUUAUCAGUGUGAAGUAUCCAAUCAAGUCAGUUCCAAGAGGAGCGACCCCAUCCAGCUGGACAUUUUACAUGGUCCAGAUGUCCAGAUCAUAUCCCCCUCAAAUAUUCAUUUCCAUUCAAGGACAAACCACAUCUCCUGCCACACAGAUGCUAACCCACCUCAACAGUACUCUUGGUUUGUCAAUGGAGAGCUCCAGUCAUCCUCCCAAGAGCUCUUUAUCCUCAAUAUCAAUACUAAUAAUAUCGGAUCCUAUUCCUGCCUCAUCUAUAACGUUUUUCCUGGAGUCUAUAGGACCACAGUCAAGAACAUUACAGUCCUUAAUCCAGUGACUCCACCCUCCAUCCAAGUCACCAACAACACAUUCAAAGAUAUGACCUCUGUCUUCCUGAACUGCUUGUCAAACAACACUGGGAUCUCUGUCCAUUGGCUCUUCAAAGGCCAGAGUGUGGAGCUCACAGACAGGAUGAAGCUGUCCCACAACAACAGCACCCUCCAAAUAGACUCUGUGAGGAUUGAGGAUUCUGGGGACUAUCAGUGUGAAGUAUCCAAUCAAGUCAGUUCCAAGAGGAGUGACCCCAUCCAGCUGGACAUAAUCCGUGAGUGA